UGUCGACAGCAGCAAAACCAUCGACACAUGAGAGACUUGACUCGGUUGCGGGCUUAUAGUCAUUGUGUUCCCAAACCAAGUGAAUGAUGGGUCGGCUAAUUCACUAGGAUUUUCUUCGUGACCCAACUGAAUAAUUAAACCGUUUCAUCUCAUCUGCAUUUCCAAUCCAUCAUGUCAAGACCUCGUAGUGUUAACGAGUACACCUUACAACGACAUCUGGUCGUGCCUCUCAUUGAACCCGAGUCUCCGCCACCUUCUCCUCCGGUGACCUACAUAACGAGUGCGGAACUGAAUCGCAUUGCUCCGCAAGAUUGGACACGACCGUCUCCGUUACAGCGAAUGGGUCGCUCUGUCGGCUGUGACUUACCGCAGCAUGUGGCCAAAAAAUUCAUUGAACAACUGUCGGAGGAGGAGAAAGCGCCAGUCACGACCACUUGCUCGUCAAAUUCAUUCGUCACGGAGAAACAAAAGUCAUUUUUGAAACUGAUCCCGACCAUUUCCAUCGACGAAGAUGUCGGACUGAGAGAAGACUCGUGUAGGACGUGGGUUCGCCGCCCUACAGUACUCUCGGUCGCCUCGUCUUGUAUCAGUGAAAACAGUUCAAUGACAAUCUUUUCCAUCGAUAAGAAUCAUUUUGUUUCGUCGAGGAUUCAACGGCUCGUUAGCGCUUUUACCGACCGCGCCAAAGCGCUCAAGGAACGAAUAGCCCAACCUCCAACACCUUCCACCGAUUCCUCCGAUCACGAGGGAAGAGGCCCAGCGCCACAUCCUCCGCCGCUGAGCUUACGCAUCGAUCCGGCGCCUGAGCCUAAAGGCCGAACGUGGAUCAAUGGAUCGAAACCGUUUCGGCUCCCGCGCACGUUCCACCCUCAAAGCUCAGUCUACAUCUCUUGGCUCUUUGUGGUGUCCUCUUCGUUCAUGUACAACUUGUGGAGCGUUCCGCUCAGAAUUACCUUUCCUUAUCAAGAUGACUCCAAUAUCCACCUGUGGCUGAUUGCUGAUUACGUGGCAGAUGUCGCCUACCUGGCCGACACUUUCCUCAUCCGGCCGAGGCUUCGCUUCGUUCGCGAGGGCAGUUGGGUCGAGGACGUGACCGACUGUCGAAACAACUAUAUCGCCAGUUUGGGAUCCAAGAUCGAUGUCUUGUCGCUGACUCCGUUGGAUCUGCUAUAUCUCUACUUUGGUCUACAAAGUUCACUUCUUCGUUUCCCACGAAUGAUUCGGAUUCUACCAUUUUGGGAGUUUUUCGACCGGCUGGAUAUGAUGGCACCGUCACCUUUUAUCAUCCGUAUCGGACGGACACUGUUCUACAUGCUCUACUUGAUCCACCUUAACGCCUGUGCUUAUUUCUUCUAUUCCAAAUGGGCUGGUAUAGGCAAUGAUGCCUUCGUCUUCCAAGGAGAAGGAAAUGCGUAUUUACGCUGCUUCUACUUUGCCAUGAAAACUGCCACAAAAAUAGGAAAAAACCCGAAGCCGGCCAACAAUGUCGAUCGGACCUUCAUGAUUUUCAACUGGCUGAUUGGCGUCUUUGCAUGCGCAGCCAUCAUCGGUCAGAUCAGAGAUAUUAUGGCCGCAGCCGAAAGGAGCAAAACCGAAUAUCGUGAACGACUCGACCGCACUGUCCAGUUAAUGAACCGCUUGAAUUUACCACCCAGGAUACAGGACCGCAUCAGGAUGUGGUUUACGUAUAGCUGGUCGACGCAAAAAACCCUUGAUGAGAUUGCAUCGCUGGUUGCAUUACCUCACAACAUGCAGAUGGACAUCGCCAUGAACGUUCAUGUGCAAACACUCUCCAAGGUCCAGUUGUUCCAGGAUUGUGAUCCUGCCUUGAUCCGUGAUUUGGUGCUGAAAUUGAAACCUGUUCUCUUCCUACCGGGGGAUUUGGUUUGUAAAAAGGGAGAAGUAGGCAAAGAGAUGUACAUCGUCAAACAAGGCCAAGUUCAAGUCAUGGGCGGACCGAAUAAUGACAAAAUCUUGGUCACUUUAAGCGAAGGUAGCGUCUUUGGAGAAAUCAGUUUGUUGGCUGUUGGUGGAGGGAACCGAAGAAUGGCAGAUGUCAGAUCUCAGGGAUAUUCCAACUUAUUCGUCUUGAGCAAAAGCGAUUUGAACGAAGCCCUUGAAUACCAUCCGGAGGCUCAAAAAGUCUUGCAAAGAAAAGCCAAAAAACUAGUUAAGAAAUCCUCCGAACGACAGCUGUCUAGCGAGCCGAUUAUUACAACCAAACCAGCCACACCUAAACUAGUCAAAACUGUUCUUCAGGCUGUUUCGGCCGACUCCAAGACGAGGAAAUUUCUACUGCAAGGAUCGAGAACGACCUCAUCCAUGACAAACAUGUCCAUUGAUCCUGGGGUUACCAGUUCACUGGACGCUGUUUUCGUUGCGAAAGAUGUUCGAUCUUACAGCGACGAAGUGUUGCUGAAACCCAAUUACCUUCCGGUUAGCAAGCGGUCCGCAUUGAUCAGACGCAACGCCUUUAAGGUUUCAUCCAAUCGAAUCGCUCCUGCCAGCAUUGCAAAGUUCAAAUGAACCGCAAACUUCCCAAAAUAGUUCAAUUACUUCUUAGACUUUACAUCGAAUUCAUUUAAUUUGUGAAACGGUUUCUAUUACAGAUGCAAUUAUAUUAUUAUUUGUACGGCAAGUUUGAUUCCGGCUCGUGGAAUUUCACUUGCCAUUUCAAUUACAAAAUGAAAA